CGAUUGGGACUACUUUAGUCAGCGGUCUUAUCAUAAUAGGCUGGCAGCCGGGAGAAUCUAAUUUUCAAAGUAAUGUUCACCGAUGAAAUUGUAAAUGGAUUUUUUGGGUUUGAAAUAUUGCCCGUGAAAAAGUAGAUGUUCGUAUGAUACAAGAAAGAUGGUUGGGCUAUGGCGUAGCUUGAUUCUCGCUGGAUCGCUCAAUACCGAACUGUUGCAUUUUUAAUUUCAGAUAACUACUUUGUGGGCCUAAAUCGAGUUUGUCGAGAAAGAUGUGAUCCGCCAGCGCUAUAAUUGUUACUUUUACUGCAGGAGUAAGUUAUAUUUAUUUAUGGUACUGCUACUAUAAUUAAAGUCAAAGUGAAUUGGAACUGUCGCCCUCAUAAAAAUUCAAGAUGAUGAUGUGCGGGGAUAUUAUGCCCACCAUCAGCGAGACUGGUGACAACGGCAAUGAUGGGGCUAUGGAAGACAACAAUUUUGAACAGCUAAUGGUGAACAUGUUAGAUGAACGGGAUAAACUGAUGGAAACGCUACGGGAGGCUCAGGAGAACCUUGCAUAUACUAGAAAUAAACUGAAAGAAACCGAGUUGGAAAAGGAUGCUUUAUUACAAAAGUUCGAGAUACUGUUGAGCGAGACGAAAUUAGACAGAGAGCAGUUGCUGAAAAAGCUUGGCAAUUUGGAUUCACUUAAAAUUUCCAGCAACAAUGAAGAUAUGCAAACUACAUCACAUAGGCUCCGCCAACCAAACUGGUCUAUGGCUGAGGAAUUUGUUACCAUGGCUAAAGAAAUCUUCCAAAUGCGAGAAAAGCUGACAGAACGUGACGAGGAAGUAGCUGAACUUAAAGCAGAACGAAGCAAUAUCAAGCUUCUUUUGGAACACCUUGAAUGCCUAGUGUCGAGGCAUGAACGAUCUCUACGAAUGACUGUAGUGAAGAGACAAGCGCAGACAUCUGCGGGAGUGUCUUCAGAAGUUGAAGUUCUAAAAGCGCUUAAAUCUCUGUUCGAACAUCACAAAGCACUGGAUGAAAAGGUUCGAGAAAGAUUACGGAUUGCCUUAGACAAAGCCAAAAGCUUCGAAGAAGAACUCACCUUGUCAAAUCAAGAGAUUGAAAGACUAAGAGAAGAGAACAGGCAAUUGCUGGAGAGACGUGAACGCCAGAGAUCAUUAGCAAAUAAUCAAGAUGGUGGAAAGAUUACUAACGGCCCCGCCACCGCAGAAACAAAUGAGGACCUUCAAGAGGAGCUUAGUGACAUGCAAUAUAAGUUAGAUCAACGGGACCGUGAUCUUGAGAAGAUCCGAAAAGACUGUAAAGAAUCAAAAGACCGAGUUAAUACGCUUGAGGAACAACUGGCAAUGGCUAGUCGACAGCUCAAUUCUGCUCACGAGGCCAAGUUGAAGUUCCAGCGGGAUAUCGAGGAGGUUCUAGCGCAAAAAGCCGACAUGGAGGAAAGAAUAAUAACGUUAGAGAAGCGCUAUGUACGCUCACAAAAUGAACUGGCAUCUUCUUCUGAAUGUAACGAACGCACGCUGACCGAGCUGAAGAGCUUCCAGAUGACUAUAGCACAGAAAGAUGAGAAGAUAAACAACUUGCAAGAGCAGCUGUCGUUUUGUGAACAAAGAUUUCACCAGCUGCAGGAAAAGGCUGAGGCUUUACCUAAGAUUGAGGAAGAGCUUGCCAAUAGGGUGGCUGCCUUAAAUGAGGCUGAAGAGAGGAACUUUACGGCAGAAGAGAGGUUGCAGCAAUUACAAACACAGCAGGAAGAGCUUACUUUAGAAUUAACUAAGUUACGCCAACGUGAAAAGACUAUGGAAGAGCACAGUACGAAGCUGCAAGCAAGAGUGGAUAAGUUGCUUCGAGAGUCUAAUGAGCGCCUUCAGCAGCAUUUGAAAGAAAGAAUGUCAACACUGGAAGAAAAGAAUGCAAUCACACAAGAGCUGGAUAGAACUAAACGAGCUUUGGAAAGCUUACAGUUAGAAAAAGGUUCACAAAAUAGGCUUUUGACUCUGCGAACGCAGGCUAGUAAUGGAGAGCCUCUAACAGACGAGCAGAAAGUUAAAAAACGAGAAGAACGGGCCCGGGUGCGUAGCCUUGAGGGAGACCCGACGAAAAUCCUAACUAUUAACGAACAGGAGUGGGAGAAACUCACGCAGGCCACCGUUGUUUCCACGGUAGCGCAAGCGUUUGAUGCCGUAUCCGUGAACGAGGAUGACGCGGAAAGUGUAAAGUCCGAGCGAAGUUCAUUGAAGAGUCAAGACCUUGGGCUACCCAAAGUGCCAAAAAUAGAUGACGCUGCGCUGGAGUCGCUGUCUUCUGGGGAUGCGCAGCACCUUGCAAACGUACUGCAACAGCAACUAGAUGCAAUCAAUAAGGAAUUAGCCCUUUUACAAGUGGAGCAUCGCACUACUGAGCUAAGAGCGGAGGAGAUCGAACGCCAGGUUGGCAGCGAGACAAGCAGCUUGGAUGAAAUUAGCGUGACAUCAUCCACUGCGGCGUCAGACCAUUCACUGAUGCGACCUGAAGACAGGACGAGGCGGUUUUCUGGUGAUAGUUACAAUAGGCGCAAGGCUUCAAAUGACGCGACAGAAACUGGCACUGCAUUUCCAUUCACCAGUCACGACCCGCUGGAUACGCGGCCCCUUAUGCUUCGUGUAGGAAGAUCGCAAGAGAGGCUAGAAGGUGAAGGUAGAGCACCGGACACGCCUGGAUCAUUACCGUCGGAUUCAACGGAAAGCGGUGGUGACAAUGCACAGUCUCAGGGACUUAGUGUGCCCGGAUGGGCGAAUUUUGAACCGGAUAGAGAAAGCCGGAGUGGCUUCGACUUUUCCUCCAGCCCCAGUAGCUUAAGCAGUAGCAUGGAGUCCAUCGCAAAACGGAAUAGCAAACGUGGACUGAAGAAUUCUUUAGGCCGAAUAUUUUCAAGCAAAUCAAAGCUACGCACGAAAGAUGCCAGUAUGCUGCUGGAAAGAUCCGUCCUUAAUUCUGAUCAUGAUGGGCAAAGGGACGCAGAGAGACGAAUAAAACAGAAGCUUCUAGAAGAUGUCAUCCAUUCAAGGACUCCAUUUGCAUCUUGGAAUGCACCAACGAUCCUUGCAUGGCUAGAGCUGUGGCUGAAAUUACCAGACUGGUAUAUUGCUGCUUGUCGAGCGAACGUCAAAAGUGGAUCCAUUAUGUCGGCUUUGUCAGAUACAGAGAUCCAACACGAAAUCGGUGUUAACAACCCUCUACAUAGACUCAAACUUCGACUGGCUAUUCAUGAAAUGGUUAAUGUCACAUCUCCAAUGGCACCACCGACUGCAAAAACGUCGUUGGUUUUUGGAGAUAUGAAUCAUUUCUGGAUUGCACACGAAUGGUUACCAAGUUUAGGACUAAGUCAGUAUAGGAGCACAUUUUUAGAAUGUCUGGUAGACGCAAGAAUGCUAGAACAUAUAAGCAAAAAGGAAUUUCAGAAAUAUCUAAAAGUUGUUGAUGGAUUUCAUAGGAAUAGCAUUAUACUUGGUACAAAAUGUUUAGAAAUGUUGAAUUAUGAUCGAAGGGUAAUGGAACGACGGCGUAGGGAUUGUGAAAAGGAAAAUAAAGACGUUUUAGUUUGGAGUAACGAGCGCAUGAUCAAGUGGGUCUGCUCAAUAGGCCUAGACGAGUUCGCCUACUGCCUGCAGCAAUCGGGAAUACACGGUGCAGUUGUGGCAAUGGAUGAGACGUUCGAUGUUGGCAGCCUAACUUACUAUUUACAGAUACCCAGCACCAAUACACAGGCAAGGCAAAUUCUAGAAAUGGAGUUUGCAAAGCUAACAGCGCUGUGUCCGGACAGAUUGUUGCACGCUGAUGGAAAAUCAGAUUUAGGAGAUGGAGAUUUCAAAAGAAGUCGAUCAUGGCGUAAAAAAUUCAAGAAAGAACGUGGAAGAGAUAGGCGUGACCACCCUACAUUGACGAGACGGGGGUCGACCGAAUCAGAUAUCUCUCAGCAGAGCGGUUCUAGUGGCAGUGAAAAUUUGAAUUCACCAGCCCAUCGAAACAAAAAGUCACCGUUAGUAGAUAGAAGAAUUCAAAAGUAGAAUAUUACGAUUUUCCAGGAAAUUUAGUAACAUUGUCACAGAAUCAAAUAUCUAUUUGUGGAUGGUUUGACGAUCUAAAUUUUCUGAUGCAAGCAUUGCAUUUUUAUGAAAGCCGGCACAAAGAGAGUCGUUUGGUAUGAGAUCGGUUACCUAUGUCAAGUUGCAGGAUUUGUCAAAAACCUGUCGCGAAAGGUUGUGUCAAAGGCCAAGAAUCCAUUUGAAAGUUCAUUGGUUUGAAAUAUGACAAAUUAUUUGGUUGAACAGCUUUGGAGAAAUGCUGCCCCAUGAAGGCGAUGAUAUAUAGCCCAUGCUACUUUGACCCGUUGACCUUAGAUGGAGCAGUGCCUUUUGCGUAUAUUUUGCGGCCUAACAUGAAUAUCAACGAAUGAUUCUAUUUGACAUUUCGCUACCGUAUGAAAUGCUACAUCGCUACCAUAUGAUAAUUUUAUGAUCAGAUGAACCAUAAGCAGUCCAUCGCCUGAAAUAACAUCAACACGUGGUUUUACUUUAAAUAGGUAGUUAUAAAAUUUAUUUUCCAAUUGCAAUGCUGCUUAGAUCCUGACUCAACUUAAAGCAACUAACUUCUUUAAAUCAUAUCCUGUGUUUUAUUUCAUGUUUUUUCGCUAAAUUCAUUGAACUUGUCUCAUCCGAUAAUUCAAGUAAUCUCUCCUUUAACCCAAUUCCUAAUUGGUCUUAUCUUACCGCUUGCCCAUGUGGUUCGCCACCCUUAAUUCAUAAACUAUCUUACAGACUUUCCGCUUUUUCUUAUACCCUCUUUCGUUCAUUUCUUCUACAUUGAGCUCCCUUUGUUUGAUUUUAUUGUAAAAGUUGUCUCCCUCCUUGUAUAUCUUUUCGUUUCUUUUCAGUAAGUUUAAGAGCUUACCCUGUUAUAAACUAAAUGCUUAAAUUUUUGCAUAUUUAUGACGUCAUUUUCCAUCUCAUUCCUUGGACAUCCCCCGGUAUGAUUUGCUCUAAAAUUCCGCCAAGUCAUACUUAUAAAAAUUAACUGAAGGCAGCCUACCCACUCAUGUUGUAUCCUUGCCUCUAUUCUUUCACCCCCGCCCCCAACCCCUAAGCACGCCUAUAGGUUAUUUCGUGUAGACCAUCUGCUCGAAGAAUAUUCUUAAAGUCAUUGUUGUUUAGUUUUUCUACUCGAAUAAAGUGUUUUUUUAUUUCGGAUUUGAAUUCUGAUUGUGUAUACAGAUCAUCAAUUUUAUGCAUUAUUUUAACGUUCAAAUGCGUUUCCACUAUUUCUUUAAAUUUCAUCCAGUUGAUAUUCUUAUUCCUACGAUAUUCCGUUUUAUAUAUUAAUUUCGCUACAAUGUAACACUGACGCCGUCAAAUGUAACAACGCUGGGGUCAAACGUCUUUAUUUGAAUGUAUUUUGAACCCCCACUCCAAUCCUAUUAAUGAUACGUUAGAACGGCAUUGGUCAUGGAAUAGCUAUUUGUUUGCUUAAAUUUUAAACAAGGAACUGUGGAAAGUCACCAUUUUACUUUGAAAUGUUUUGUAUGAACCAUUUAUCGCCUUGUUAUCCCUUAAUUGCCUUCUCGCUUGGUAUACAACCAGCUCUUUGCGUUUUCACCAUCUAGACCCACUGCUUAGUCAUUUCUCCGGAAACCUAAUUCUAAACUGUGCAUUCUCAAUAACGUGUGUCACUUACCCUUCAGACAAUUAUCAACAACCCCCCCUCUUGACGUCAAAGCCAAAAUAGACAGAUCCUUGGUGCAGUUUUACACCUACCAAGCUAGAAUGCUUCUUGUCACUGUCAAAGUCAACUACUGCUUGCUCUUCCAAAUAGUUUCGUUGCUUCUGACUGCAAGAAUUCUCUCCUAUCCCCUUUUCCCCUUAUCCCCUAUCCCCUUCUUUUUCCCUGCCCCUUAUCCCCCACCCCCUUAUCCCCCUAUUCCAAAAGGCAGUGACAUAAUCUUACCUUUAUCGUCAACCAUGAAACAAUGUUGAACGUUAAACGCACAGGUAGCCGAUAAAGAAUAUGAUACCACCUCCUCAUCUCACGUACUAAUCAUUUCAUUCUUCCAACCUAAGUUCGUUUAUCCUUUCUCUUUUGCUAUGAUGAACAUCGAUCCAUCGAUUUCAUAUUAACUCUUGUAACCGCUUAGAGCACCAUUACAUCAUAGCAUUAUUUGCAUUAUUGUACUCUAUGUCAAACACACGAAUUUAUAAGAAACCAAAUUCAAUUGAUAUCUUUGAGCCCAUCGAACCUGUCAAAUUCUUUUCAGUAUUCGCAGCCGCUGGCCUAAAUUUGAUUUGACCUGUGCAGUAAACGGGUCAUGAUUGUGCAUUGAUUUUCGAAAAGAAAGUGAAAAUAUAAUAUUCAGUGUGUUUUGUGAUAAGGACAGAAGUAACUAAUAUGUUGACGGUAACCAAUAAAGGCUAUGCUUUUUCAUUGCAAUUAUGUUUUCCUUUCCAUCGUUGCUGUUUUCCAAAUAGCCCUUUACGAUUUACCAAAUGCAAUUAAGCCAAAAUUCCAAUUUACGCUCCUUGCCCAUUUGCUAAACUCACAAUUUGGUUUCUUGUAGAUGGCUUGUCUUUGAUAAUUUCGUUUUUUACCUUUCUGUACUUGAAUUUUGGAGUAAGGCUGUUGGAGAGAAAAGAAGAACAUACUUGAGAUAAUUUCGUUGUUUUGUUAGCGAUUUGAGAAAAUUUGUGCUCAAAAGAAUUAAAUGUAAAUAAAUUGCUAUUUUAUUUUUAAAAUCAUAUAAUUAUUUCAUUUUCUGUUUGGAGAAACAAGAAAUAAUAUUAUCAACGGACGAAAAAACUUGUUGCUUUCUUGAUUUUCUUAACAGGAAUAUUUAGAUUGAAUGUGAAUGUUUGUUUUUGAAACAUGUUUAAUGAUCGUUUGCUUUGUAAAAGGAUUCGCAGAACGGCCAUCCACCAUGUUAGUAUGGCCUCCUUUCCGCUUAUCCAUCGCCCUUAUCUAAUAUCCCCCCGCUUUUAAAGGAUUUAUUUGGAAAUUAAAUCAUUCUGCUUCCUAAAUGCCCUUAAAUUUUGUGACGUUGUUCGAUGCGAGGGGCAAAUCACUCCAAGAAAAUUUCGUACACCUUUUGUGAAAAUCCUAUGGUUUUAUCUGAAAAUCCCUGGAAAUCCUUUUGCUUUAGGGAAAAUCUUGUACGCUAUUUUGUGAAUUGCCCCUCGGUUCGAUGCUUUUUUCAAACACUUGAUUGGGGCUUUUGCCAUAUGAAAGUUUUAUUGUAUUACAGUAUACACCUGCUCUUGGGAAGGCUCCUGUCGCUUUUAACAGUGACUGGACAUUCUUUUACUGCAGAAAGAACAGGCGCACCGAUUUUGAACAAGUUUUUAAUCAAAUUCUUCAGCUUGGUUAACCAAACUCACAUGUAUCUUGCUUGACUCACCAGUUUCUACUUUUUGAAAAUUUGUUCGUAUGUGGAACCUUUCCCAAAAUUCAUCCAUUACCAUCCAACCCUUUGCACGAAGUUGCUGGCGGAAUGAGACGAAAUGUUGAAUUAAAGACUCAAUCCAUCGAAAGCAGAAGCUGAUUUUACCAUUUCCAUAAGACGUUACAUAACUUUUUAACAGGUACCUGUAUUUUUUUACUUGAGUGUAUAUUUAAUUUUCAAGACAAUUUCAAGUCUUCGUUGAAAAUUUGUACACGUUGGAUUCUGUUUCGUUACCUGAGUGAAGGGGAUUUGUUUUUGCACCUUGAACAAUUUGUUAAAAAACAGUUUAUAAAAUGCGAGCUCAAAGAAAUUCUGCCGCGUGAGGCAAAACUUGGCACAUUAUCUCGAUUUUCUUUAGCUUGGCAACUAUCCCUCGAUGCUCUUCGUCUUGGCAGACCAAAACUACUGAGACGGGGGUUGGUUAUAGGCAGAGCACACCUCAUUGUAAGUUGGUGUCAAAGAUUUGUUGGCGAGGGACUAGUAUUGGAAAAUUGGUUAUGUGUAGAUUAUUUUGGUACAAGACUACUUUUAGUCUGAUCAAACCAGAAAAGUUUAGAAAACUCAUCUAUCUUCCUCUGAAACAGAAUGGCAAAGCAAUUACUGCAUAAUUUUGGAAUCAUGUGUGAGAAUCAUGGCCAAUUUACAGUGGCAUGAAGGAUCAAAAACCUUUGUUCGUUUGGCCCGUUUAACAGAACCAACUGCCUUUGCCAUUUUAAUGGUAGUUCGUCGUGUUCUUUCAGGCCACUUUGCAGAAUUCAAUCAUUCCAAUCUUCAGUCAUUGAUUUCUUAAAGCAGAUUGCCUCGUUAGAAAAUGCAACUUGGUCCAACUUGAAGCGCUGAUUUUUUGUUAAACAAAUCAUCAUGGAAACAUUUUCAAAAAGUGAUAAAAAAUUGGCAGAGAAUUUUUUAUCUGCUGAGAAACUAAUU